AUGACGUCAUCUGUAUCAUCUGAUAUGCUUUUAGCAACUAAUACAGAAGACACUGUAAAGAAAACUACAUUCAAGACCAGCUUUUUAAUCACUUUACCAGUCUUUAUGGGCUAUGCUUGCUGUUUUUCACUUCAACAUCGUCUUUCAUUUAUUUUCGGGCUCACAGAGGGCGCUAGUGGUGAUCCAUUAUCAUAUAAAUACGGUGUCGCAGCAUCAUUAGUCUAUGGUUUCAACUUAAUUUUCAGAGUUCUUGGCCACAACAUUGUUUUCGGUUGUCUUCCUCCAAAAUGGCGUGUUACAGUUGCUCUUUGCUCUAUGAUUAUCGGUAUGUCAUUGUUUGUUUUCCUUUCUUAUCAGAAAUAUCCAAAUAUUGCCUGGGCUUACUUCCCAUUUGCUUUUUGCGGUGUAUGCGAAGGCUCAUAUGGACCAAAUAUGCUCAAUGUCGUCAACGAACUUGGUGAUACUCGUCUAUACGUCGUUUUAGCAAUGCCUGUUGGUGUUGCUUGCGUAACUAUCCUUGGUUUUGCUUUAAUGGGGUUCGGAAUGCCAUUCCAAUGGUGCUACAUUGCUACAGGUGUCUGCUUAAUCCUUGGAAUUAUUAUUUAUCAUCUUACCGUCUUCCCAGCUGCCAGCAAGCUUGGCAGCCAUCAAUCCAACUUUAGUCUUAGAGAUUUCGGCCGCGAUCUUCUUUGCAUUGGCGAUUGGUUCCCUAAAAUUUGGUUCUGUUCCCUUGUUUUCUUAUUGAACAUGGUUUGUUUAGCACUUUUCAAUCCAGGAUGCACAUUAUACGUUUACGAAUCACGCGUUACAUUCCAUUUGUUUGGUUUUACUGUCAACCACGAUAUCUUCAUUUUACUUUACAAUAUCUGUUCAUUUGUUGGAGAUUUUGUGUCUCGUAAAGUAAUGAACAAGAAGAGAAUUAUCAAUCCAAUUUGGUUCUUCUUUAUGCUUUGUUUCGGCUUCGCAUUGAAUAUUUCUUUGAUUCCUGAAAUUGUUCCUUUCGCGGCCUUCUGCUUCUCAUGGGCAAAUGGAGGUCUCUAUGUUCAGUGCACAAAACUCAUUGGUUUGCUUUUCGAAGAAAAAUACCAUUUAACAGCUACUUCAACAUGGCUUUUCAUUGGAGACGCUGGAUCAUUCUCUGGUGCAAACAUCGUUCAACUUCUCCGUCCAGCAAUUGGCGCUAUCAAAAAGAGGAUGUUCUAA